UCCAGCUCGAGCCUGAAUAUCAUCACCGUGCGCCGCAUCCUCUUCUUGCUACCGCCCGUCUCCAGUCUGCUACAUUAGCGACCAGCAGUAAGGCGCAGCAACAUAAGGUUCUUCAAAUCCUUACUCGCAGCCGCAGUUGUCAUGUCUAUCAUACUUGAAGGUGCUAUCCUCCCUCCGCAUCAUCUCCAAGACAAGUCAGCCUCGUCCUGGCCAAGUCCCUACCACCCUCAGUACUACCCCGCGUUGGCCUCCUCACCUGGCACUAUGUCUCCACAGUCGUUCCAUUCAUACAAUCCACGCUUGCCAGAAAGCCCUCUCCCCUCUCAAGAACUCAACUGUCAGCCGACUACUGGGUGGUAUGCCCCCUCAAUUUCGGCCCCAGAGUGCCAUAGCGAGACCACAUACGCCUCAUAUGGCUAUAUACCUCCACAAGCAGCGUCGGUCAACUUGUCACCGCCUGCGUCUACAUCCUACUACUCAGCAACAGCUCCAGUGUCCACUACACAUUCAUCGACAGCCAUCUCUCCAGGUACCGUCUAUUCGCGGGACUCUGUGGUGCCAGAAUCUGCACGCCCAUCUGAAGAGCCCCAGUCCGACGCAAGGACUGCACUGCAUCAGCCCACUUCCCGCUACAGGAGACGGUCUCACUUCAUGGAUCGAUCCCACAGCAGUUCAGAUUCGCUACAUUCGGCCGCAGUGGACGGCUCCUGGACGAUGAAUGCACUGGGCAUCCAUGCAAACCACGAGGCCUACUAUCCGUCAUUCCCAACCCAUAGUCCCCGAUUGAGUGAGCCAUCAACGGAGCUGUCAUCCAGCCACAUGCCCUCACCACAACCCCGACGCAUGUACACACCGAUCGCUCCUCUACCCCAGGAGACACCCCGUUCGCACGGGAUCAAGCGAGAAAGGGAAGACGACGACCAAGAAGAGCCCAAGCGAAGGAAGCGAUCAGACUCACAGAUAUCAACGCAGUUCGAGCUCAGCGAGGAAGAUCGCCUACUACUCCAGCUUAAAGACGAAGAACACAUGCCAUGGAAGGACAUCGCAGCACGCUUCCUCAAAACUUUCGGCAGGCAGUACCAAAUACCUGCACUGCAGAUGCGUAUCAAGCGGUUAAAAGAACGGAUGCGCGUGUGGACUGAAGUGGACGUCCAAGCACUGCGUAAAGCCCAUGACUUCUGGGUGCAAAACAAGUUCGACAUCAUCGCGCAAAAGAUGCUCGAGUACGGCGCAGAAGAGAAAUGGACCGCACGCCAAUGCUCUCGUAAAUGGCAAGACAUCGAUCCAACGCCCAUACCCUAUACGCAGUUCGACCAGCACGUCCAGCACGUCCAGCAAGGCUUUGCCCCCUACGCGAUGAGCCCCAUCGAGCCCACGCCCAUGAGCUUCCCUUCUUUCCUGCACCAGCACCAUACCACCUAGUCAACCUCGUCAGUGUCAGCCUCGCCUAUUACGGCUGGAGGAUGCGGGUAAACCACGCCGCAUCGCUCUUCCACUCUGUUUCUUCCACUACUAGGGAUUGUCCCAUCUGGACAACAUGUCUAAACGCUUCUCGCGAUGCGGCACAGACACACGGCGUUUAGCAAAGCGAGAGAAAAAACGGGCGGCUUGCAUGUGGGCAGGGAGUUCUAUGGGG